AUGGGCGGCCACGCUUCCGGCAACGCAGCUUACGAUGCUGCUUUGCAGAGACGCCAAGCGCUGAUGGGCGCCAGUGGUGCCAGAGCUCUAGUCAAGAACUGGAAGGUUGCCCGUAUUGCUGCUUUCGCUUGCAUUGGAGGCGUUUUAUAUGGCUACAAUCAAGGAAUGUUCUCUGGCAUUCUGGCUAUGCCAUCUUUUGAAAAGCAUAUGGAAGGGUAUACCAAGAACCAAACCCAAAAGGGAUGGUUGACAGCCAUUUUGGAACUCGGUGCCUGGGUUGGCGCUAUUUUAUCUGGCUUCAUUGCUGAAGUAUGCUCCCGUAAAUACGGUGUACUGAUUGCUACCGGUGUCUUCAUACUUGGUGUAGUUGUACAGAUCACGUCUAUUUCCGGUGGCCACGAGUCCAUUUUGGGAGGACGUUUCAUCACGGGCAUGGGUGUUGGAAGUUUGUCAAUGAUUGUACCCCUAUACAACUCCGAAUGCGCACCACCCGAGGUUCGAGGCGCUCUUGUCGCUUUGCAACAGCUUGCUAUCACUUUCGGAAUUAUGAUCAGUUUCUGGAUUGAGCAAGUAGCCCCUUUUCCCGAUAGGACUGGAUGCAACUACAUCGGCGGCACAACGGAGGCGACACAGUCCGAUGCGGCUUGGCUGGUACCUAUCAGUCUACAACUAGCCCCCGCGGCCCUCCUUUUCAUUGGAAUGAUAUGGAUGCCGUUCUCACCCCGUUGGCUGAUCCACCACGGCCGUGAAGAAGAGGCUCGAAGGGUUCUUGCCAACCUAAGGGAUCUCCCAGAGAACCACGAACUGAUCGAACUCGAGUUUCUUGAAAUCAAGGCCCAGUCUCUCUUUGAGAAGCGCAGCACUGCCGAGCACUUUCCUCAUCUCCAAGAACUCAAUGCGUGGAACACGUUCAAAUUGCAAUUCGUCGCGAUCAAAGCCCUUUUCCAAACCAAAGCGAUGUUCAAGAGAGUCAUCGUAGCAACGGUCACAAUGUUCUUCCAACAGUGGACAGGAAUUAAUGCAGUUCUGUAUUAUGCGCCUCAAAUCUUCGGACAGCUAGGUCUUAGCGAGACAACUACCAGCCUGUUGGCUACAGGUGUGGUUGGUGUUGUAAUGUUCAUUGCUACGAUUCCAGCGGUUCUUUGGAUCGACCGUGUCGGUCGUAAGCCAGUUCUUACCAUCGGAGCUAUCGGCAUGGGCACUUGUCACCUCAUCAUUGCUGUAAUUCUUGCUAAGAACAUUGACCGUUUUGAUCAACAGCCUGCCGCUGGCUGGGCCGCCGUUUGCAUGGUCUGGCUAUUUGUUGUUCAUUUUGGAUAUUCAUGGGGCCCCUGCGCGUGGAUUAUCAUUGCCGAGGUGUGGCCUUUGAGCACACGUCCAUAUGGUGUAUCACUUGGUGCUUCCAGUAACUGGAUGAACAACUUCAUCGUGGGACAAGUUACUCCGGAUAUGCUAACAAACAUUACGUACGGAACCUAUAUUUUAUUCGGCAUCUUGACGUAUCUUGGAGCGGCCUUCAUCUGGUUUAUUGUUCCUGAAACCAAGCGCCUAUCGCUGGAAGAAAUGGACCUAUUGUUUGGCUCCGAGGGGGCAGCCGCUGCUGACUUUGAGCGCAUGGAGGAGAUCAACAAUGAAAUUGGCCUGACCGCGGUGCUGAAUCACACAUCGCCCAAUGAUCGACUGUCUCAUUUGGCCGAUCUAGAGAAGACUGAUAUUUAG